CAAACGAAGUGAACACGUGCGAGAUCCAUCACCAUUGUGUAGCUCUAAACUAGCAACAAUUUCGCUACAACUUCCUACAACAUCCAAACCUUACCAUACCGAUCUUAUGAGUUCAAACAGAAUGAAGCAAUCAAAAGAUCCAUUCGAAGCAGCCUUCGAGGAAUCGCCACCAGAAUCCCCAAUCGAAACCGAACAAGACCCAGACGCAGACACUGAAAAUCCACCUUCCAAUUCCUUGAUUUCACAAUCCACACACACUCACGAAGAAGACAACCAAUUCAAAAACACCAACUCCAGUAACAACGCCGCAAUCGCCAAGAAUAAAGACGAAGACGAUGAUGAAGAAGAAGAUAACAUGGAUGUGGAGCUCGCUAAGUUUCCUACUGCUGGUGAUCCUCACAAAAUGGCUAAGAUGCAGGCUAUUUUGUCGCAGUUCACUGAAGAGCAAAUGAGUAGAUAUGAGUCGUUUCGUAGAGCUGGAUUCCAGAAAGCUAAUAUGAAACGGUUAUUAGCAAGCAUCACUGGGUCUCAGAAAAUCUCUAUACCAAUUACAAUUGCAGUAUCAGGGAUUGCAAAGGUGUUUGUGGGUGAAGUUGUGGAAACAGCUAGAAUGGUUAUGAAGGAGAGGAAAGAAUCUGGACCAAUCCGGCCAUGUCACCUGAGAGAAGCACAUAGACGACUAAAGCUUGAAGGAAAAGUCUUCAAGAGAACAACCUCGAGGCUAUUUCGGUAAUGAAACGACUAUGAUCCUUGGUAUCAUAUGUUUGGUUACAACAGUAGCAUGCAGGCAGGAAAAAUAUUUAAUCCAGCCUAUCCAGUCAAGUGGAAUGAGUGAAUCAAUGUUGGUAGGUAAAAUGGGCAAGUCUUCUGCAAAAUAAAAUAUGUUAUGGACUUGGCAACAUAAUUUAUUUCUAAUUGUGUCAAAUACUAAUAAUCAAUGCUUUUAUUGUAUUACUACCUUUUCCUCCAUCAACUAGUAACCCUAGCAAGUAGAAUUUUGCUAUUUGGUGUUUAACAAUGAAGAUCAUUGUGCAAGGAUUCAAAGGAGUAAUUUGUGUCUUGUGUAUCCUUGUUUGUACAUAAUUCUUAAAAAGGAGUAAUUUGUGUGAAUAUUUGCCUCUAAAAUAGUUUGAUGCUAGUCAGUUUAUGGCU